GCAGUACAAGGAAAUCGCUGUGAGAUCAAACUUCGUGCGUUUUUUCCCAUCACGAUCGAUAUGUGCCCGUUGGAUCUCGGCACAGUGUGCACAGUGCAAUACCUGAUCAUUUUUACGAGAGAUAUAUUUUCAAUCAGGUGCGUCGGAACUGUUUUUCCUUCCGAUCUUUGACAGGAGUUAGUGUCUGUGGACUAUAAUAUCGGAUCAGUCGUUUAACCAGGGAGCUGGAAGGAGAUCGGCCAUGGCAUAUCAUCUAGAAACAAUUUAUUUAGAGAGAGAGCUGAUGUUUAAGAACAAUGCUGAGCCAUCGGUUAAGUAUCAACUUGGAAACUGCAAACUCGGUGUCUAUUCUGACCAUGUCAGAAUAGAUAUCAUAGAAGGCAACAAUGCUUAUUACCACUACAUCUCAUCCGUCACAGUUGGCCAAUAUGAAAGCAUAUUAUGUGUCGAAAGUCAGAAUGGCAACACAUUCCUCAUGUUCGAACGCAGAGCUGAUCGUGAAGAAUGGUAUUCUACAAUCAAACAGCUUCAGGUUGGUAAGAUACCUAGCUUUCCUACCAAACGUGAAUCUCUGCCGGCUCGUCUUGAUGAUACCACCACCAGGUCAAUAGACAGGUCACAGGCAUCAGUAUCAUCACCAUCUACUCUUCAACAAAUCUUUAAAGAACAGCUCGAAAGGGAUAUAAUGCUGAAGAAACCAGAGCUGAAUAAAGGAUCAGGAUCCUAUAUUAAUGUGGACUAUAACAGAGCCCUACAGAAUUCCAAGGAAUCCUAUAACAUGUUUAAUGCGUUACAUGGGCAUCAGAAUGCAGCAGUAGAGGAUGAUGUUUACGAGGAUGUACCCGAGGGAGAUGAUCCUCCUGAUGGCCUCAUCGAGGAGGAUGUAUACGAAGACUUGGAGGGCGACUCAAACGCGAUAGAGGAAGACAUUUAUGACGAUCUAGACAAUGGAGAUGAUUUUUACGAGGACAGUGCUGUACCUGGACAGCCCGGAGCAUCGGGAUGGAGCUCUGAAGCGGGGCCCCCACCACCACCCUUACCGCCAAGACCAAUGCCACCACGGCAGAUGGUUGCUGAGGAGGAGGAUCUCUACGAAAUGCCAGAAUCUGAUGUUCCUCCACCGAUUCCUGCUCGACCUCCGGCAGCCAGCAAUAGCAAUCACUCCGACCAAAAUACAACAGGAAAGCAGUCAGGAAGGAUGUUUUCACGUCAGUCAAAGAAAAAACCAAAACAAACGCAGAACAAACCCCCAACCAAGAUACCAAGCAUACCUACAGAUGGUGAUGGGAAUGUACCGACGGCCCAUCCAACUGUUGGUCAAAGUCUAGCAGAUGAACUUGCCACGAAGUUAAGAGCUCGAGCAGCGACUCUACCAAACAGACCACAUUCACCAAACCAAAUCCCACAAAGCAGUAGCAAGAAGCCGGUAAAUCUACCGAAUGAUUUUGAAAAGAUGCAGCUGAGAAGUCCAACAGACAGACACAGUAAUAACCCAAGGCCAAGCAGCAGUGAGAUCUCGGAUGAACUAGCAAGAAAGCUUGAGAAGAGGAGCAGUGCCAUCUCGUCCGACUCUACAGGUUCGGGUUUGGAUGGACAGACAUCGUGCAAACAAACGUGUAAUACAAAUGACAACCGCAGAGGAUCGGUGCCAUCUUUCGAACAGCACGUAGGACCUACAAGUCCUCCGUGGAAUCAGCAUCAGGAUCAAACCAGUCAACCUCCUCAGACUCUACCCAAAAAGAAAGCCAUCGUUCCCCCGCCGACCCACUCAAGGCCCGAUAAACCUCAAUCGAAGUUACCUAUUGAUGAUCAGGUGAAGGCACUCAAAAGCCCGCCACCAACGCCAGCAAAGAAACCCGUUAAGCCACCAUCAAGUGAUGAAAUAUACGAGGAUACAGUAGUUGUACAGCCGAAGCCAAAACGGAAACCAAGCUUGCCAAGUCCGGUUGGUGGCGGAGUCGAGUUAGAUGUUCGGAUUCCUCUUCAUGCGAUACAGGAUCAGAUAGCCGGAUCGGUUAUUUUCAAAGAUCAGUCCGAUAAUGUGGUGAUUGAAAGAAGUAACUUACCAGAUUACUUGCAUGUUGGAGACCAAGUCUUAAAGAUUGGAGACAUUGAUGUUCGCGACUCCUCUGCCAUGUUUGUUACAGAAUGCUGGAAAAGGGUCAGCGAGAGCCAGGUCCGGGUAAGAAUUUUACGAUAGUGGUCCGGAAUACAUAUGACCAGCCAUCAUGCAGCUCUUCACAGGCAGUACUGAAGAAGUAUCUUCAAUCACACAAACUUCUAUCUACCUUCCCACAACCCCUCUUUCUCCCCUCUAUUCUCUCUCUUUCUCUUUCUCUCUCUCUCGUAUUCAUCGAUAUAAUAUAUCAUAAAAAGGAUCGAUAAAUUAUAUCUGACUCUUUAUCCCUCUAUCUGGCUAUCUACCGUCUGCCUUUCCAAACUAUCUAUCUACCGUCUGCCUUUCCAAACUAUCUAUUCUUCUAUCCAUCUAUCUUUUUUUCUGUCUUCCUGUUUCUUCCUUCCUUCCUCUAUUUCUCCAUAUCUUGUCUCUAUGCACCGUUCGAGUAUUUAAUAAAUGAAGUUGUAUUCAUUUUACUUGUAUAUAUAGUUGUUCAAUUCAAAUUUACAUUCUGUUAACUUCAAGUUUUUAAACAGGCAUUAAGGUAUUUUGUUUAAAUGGUAAUAAAAUCGUUCAAAUCUAAUACUGGAGUUCACCAUAUUCUUGUUUUUGGUUUUCUUCGCCAGUUAACAUUAAGCCAUAAGGAUAAAGGUAACAUUAUGAUACGCUCUCCAUCGAUACAAUCUUUUAAACUGUUCCUUUCUAGAAACUGUAAAUUUGUGAAUUUUUCAACAAACGUCAUCUCUCAUUCAUAUCUUUGUAUCAUGUUUUUGUUGCUGGUGUACAAAUACAAAAUUUAUGGCAAUGUUAUAUAAAGGGGUGUAUAUUAUGCUUUGAUUUACUGAUAAAACUUUGCACUUGGAAAAGUAAUUGCAAUGAUAAGUUCAAUCACCAAUGAUUAUUCAGAUAUUAUCAGUAUAAUGUGAUAAAACCCUUUUUAUCAAAGCAUAGUUUUACCUUAUUAUCCAGAUAUGUUAUGUCUGAAUGCUCAUAUCACGGUACUUUGAAGUUCUUUGUACUUCUCUUUGGAGUCGGCAAAAUGUUUAGGUCCACAUUUUUUUUUUUUAGCCAAACCUUGCCAUAGCCUAUUUUGCUGUACUUCUCGUCAAGAUAAAUAAGUUCCAUAACUAAUAUUGGGCGUAAUAAUUGCUUUCAGUAAAUAAAGUUGGAAAGAAAACGAUACAAAGGUCUAUGAUUCAGAUGUACAAAAGUCUACUGUCUUCUAGUAAUCGCUAUAAUCGUAGUAGAUUUUUUUCAGACAGAACAUAUAAAUUCUUAUGUAUUGAACUUACUGAACCCAGAAAUGUCUCUACAUUAAUAGAGUAUAUCGCUACACAAACUUUUCGGAUCUUUUAUAUGAAAAUGUACAGGUGUCACAAAUAUUCUUAACCAUGUGCGCCGUUUCUUGUUUUGUAUGCCUAUUGAUCUAUCUGAUUAUGAUUUAAGAAACUAUCCAAAGUACAAACUAAUGUUUUGAGACCUAUGAUAGAUUUAUACAUAAAUUCUAUCAAUUGAAAUAAUAAUAGUCAGUUCUUGUAUAGCACAUAACACUAUAAGCGCUUCCAAAGGACUUGGAUAUUAUGGAAAUGAUGAACAAUAACGAUUAGAUAGAGCCUCGUCGAUCUGGCGCUGCACAGCGGCUGCCGGGCCCACGAUCAAUUGGGAAAAACAAAUUUCGGUGUAUUUCAUUUCAUGUCUAUUUCGAACAAUAAAAUAUUUUUUUCAACUGUUUCAUUGUAUACUCCUUCAUAAACUUACACGUAUGGUUUCUUUGUCAUUCUGCUAACCAUCAUGAGGGUUAAGGGCUACGUAGCCUAAUAGAAUCAAUAUUGACGUGCUGUACUACUCUUCUUUAUUAUUUAGGCCAUAUUGGUCGUUUCUCAGCUGAGAUGAUUUCACUAAGUAUAUAUAAUUUAUGUCACUGUAUCAUAUCUGAUCCAUGAUGAUAUAGUGACAAUAAUCUUGGUUUUACAGACAUUUUCAUGAAAAACAGUGUUUACUGCAACUACUUUCAUUUAUCUUUCAGGGAGAGGCAUUUCCUAUGCAAUUAGUUUCCUAUUACGAAUGAUACUAACAUGCACGGACUCUUACAUUUGGUAACCAUGGGAACAUUGGUGAAUAAGAUGCAAGUUUCAAAAUCAAUAUGAACAUACAUAAGAUACAGUUUAAAUCAUUUUUAAAAGUGUAUCAUAGUAACAAACAGCAAGUGGUUCCCAGCAAUAUGUUAAAAAUGUAUAUUAUAUCAUAAACAUUUAAAUAUUUUGCUCUCAAAGGAAUGAAAGGUCAAAAGGGUAUUGAAGUUUAAAGCUAAACUAAUGAAGUAUAGUAUUAUAUUGUGUGAGAAUAUUGUAUAUAAGAGCUUUAUAUUAUUUUGCAUAUUUUAUACCAGAAAACAAACGAAAUGUCUUUAAUAUAUUCAAUGUGAUAGAAGCGUAUUGUGGGCCUAUGGACUUGAAUGCUUAUAUUAAACCAGAACGUGAUAUCAAGAACUCUUCAAAUAGAGACUUAAAACAUUUAUACCUUGUUAUGUUAUCAUUUAAUAGCAUAUUUUUUUCAUCUUAUCUUCUGUAUGAGUUUACAUUUGGCAGCAAUAAACACAUGUAAUUAAACAUGUACAAAUAAAAAGAGAAUGGAA